GAGAAAGAAAAAAACUUAAAAAAAGAGAGAAAAAGCAAAAAAAAGAGAAAAAGAAAGAGAAAGAAGAGAGAUAAGAGGGGAAAGGAAAAAGAAAAGAAAAAAGAAAAAAAAAGAAAUAAAAAAAGAAAAAAAAAAAGAACUAAAAAUUGUAAAAGACAAGGAAAGAGAGAAAAAAGGAGAAGAAGAAGGAAAAGAAAAAAAAAAAAA